CAACAACAACAACAACAACAACAGAUGACACCUCAGUUGUACCAGCAGUAUCUACAAGCUGCCUCAGCACACCAGCCAGCAACCAGUGAAGUCUUUCAGCAGGUGUUUCAAACUGGACUACUUUACCCACAUUAUCAACAACAGGUGACUCACUUCUCUCCACAAAACUUCCAUCCACAGUUUGAGAACUUCAACUACAACGAGCAAACGCAAGAGAGCGCCCACGGCUCCGACAGUUUUCCAUCCGCCUCCUCAAUCAAUGUUGGUGUAAAGCGAGCAGUCAACAAGGACACUGGUUCGGGAAACAGCGCCAACAGCAUCAAAGACUAUCUGGACAAGACACAAGUAGAGUCUAAUGAAGUGGGAGUCAUCAGCAACCAGGUGGACUAUGAAGACGAAGACAGUACAGAGACCAUCGAGAAGGAAACUUUCCCAAACUUGAGAAAUGUUUAUUACACGUCUCUACCAAACAAACAAACAGCAGACGCUCUAGCAACUCUAGCAGCUGCCGGUAGCAUCAACCAUCAGAUGUCAAUAGGUCCAGGCAACAUCCAAGCGAGAGAAGAAGAAAUGAGGAAACAGAAGAUGAGGGAAGAAGAGUUGAGAGCUGAAGAAGAAAGGAAACGGCAGAUAAUCAGACAUGAAGAAAAAGAGAGAGCGAAUGAAAUCAGGUAUUACGAGGAGCAGAGAGAACAAAGCAGAAAUCAAGAAAUGCAAGAGCAACAAAAUAGACAGGUUUUCAAAGAUACAAGCGACAAGCAAAAUUUUAGAAAUCAAGAUGAAAGGGAACCACAAAAGAGCGGUAAAGAAAACCAACAAGUCUUCACAGGUUCUGAUUACAGUGAGGAGGAAAUAAUGGAAACUUCAGAUAAAGACCAAAGAAAUACCAACAGUCACAUGCCAAUAAUUUCUAUGAGACCGUUUGAUGGAUCCUAUAGAGAGGGAGCUGACAAAGAAUCACAAACGGAAGAGCAAAGUUACGAGGAUUCUGAUGCUGACUAUUCACAAGAAGAGGUUAAAGAGAUUAACAACGCAAACAAAAUGACUCAACCUCCACCAACUGAAAAAACUGUCAACUACAACUCUCAUCAAAACCAACUUCCGUUCGGUGCCAAAUUAAGACCAAAACGAGUUUAGAAAUAUUUUAUGAGUUUUGUACAGUACCUAGCAUUUUAUUUAUUUAUUUUUUAGCUACGUGUGUGUGAUGAAUCGAAAAGUGUUGUCCUGUUCUGAAAGAGGGAUAUUUCUACUGUACAUAUUGUAAUUAAGUAAUCAUGAAUAAGAUUGGAGUUCCCCAGAUAUUUUAUGUAGGCCUACAUUAAUUAAUAAUGUAAAUUUUUACAAUGCUAUUUAUUACACUCCACAGCACACCAAACAUAAAAUAAAACUUUACGCAGAUUGUGUGUUGUGGAUAUAAUAUUUUUGUAUACUGUAGUGAUAAAAUAAAUUAUUUUUUAUAACUAUUUUAAA